AGAUACCUUUGCCGUACGGAACAUCACUCAUGGGUGGAUACGGCGGCAGUAGUCGGACGGGGGCUGCUCAAGGUGGAAUGAUGACACCUGGACGAUGUGUUCCAUUCAUAAUUUUUUUAUUUCAAGAGGCUGUUUCUGGUAGCAUAAAAAGGAUAAAAGAAGCCUUACAAGCACGUAUUCGCUUUUUAUUUCGUACAUGUCAUCUUGUGCAAACUAGUGACUUGCACGCAUCAUUUGAUAGUCGACAGCUCUUUACACUUCCACCUCCUUCCUCUCAAUUCUUUAUUCAUCUUAUCACACGUGGAUCUACGGGCAAUUUAUUAUCACCAGAUCCACCUUUUUCUUUUAUCUCUAACAUGAAACCUCAUGAAAAUGAAAAAAUGGACAUUGAAUCUUUAUUGCGCAGACGCAAACUUGAUUUAAGAAACACUGAACAUUUUGAAAUAAAGUUAUUGAAGGAUUUUGCUCUUGGUUGGUUAAAAUGGGCUGCAACUGGUUAUCCCAGAAGUUUUGCUAAACGUGGAAUGGCACCAAGCGAGCUUCCGAAUGCCAAGCAGUGGAUUGCAGGUUGUAUUGCCUUACAAGAAUUAUUAUUUGGCAAACUUGGAAAAGAAAUUUUAGAACGAAAAAGUUUCAGUGCUGUGGAUGAUACACUUAAUAGGAGAUUAAAAGAUUGUGUACAAGUUAAUAGUCGAUAUUCUGCAAAUCAUUGUGCUCAAGUGUUGAGGAAAGCUAUCGAUAUAUAUUUAUUAGAAUCACCUACAUAUUAUACUAAACAAUAUCAUGAAAUUAAGUUGGAUCAUGCAAUGAAAUCCUAUAUGUCAUCUGCACGUGGACCUUGUAUACAAGAUUAUGCCGCAAAACUACGGCAAGAAUGUUACAGUAUCUGGGAACGCGGAAGACAAAAAUGCGAAAUACAAAGUUUGUCGGGCCAUGAAUGCGUUCUAGGAGCGAAUCAUGACUCUGAUAAUGUUGAUGGGGAAAAAAGUAGUGUAAAAAAGGCAGUGAAGCAUAGGAGUGCAUUUCAAGCGCUCCAUGCGUGUAAUUGUGGAAGAAGUUGCCGAGAAAGAGAGGAUCCUUUUGAUUUAGUGGAUGCCAAUAUAACUUUCUUCCACUUUCCAAAUUGUUGUAAUUCAGAAGGUUAUAACUACCUCGUAUUACCUGUUGAGAACUCGGCAAUUUCCACUUCAAUGUGGUCUCUUAUGCAGGUUGGUUCCGGUUCAACGUAUCGUUCUAAUUCUGGCUUAGAUAAAUGGGAAGGUUUCGUCACAAAUGCGAAUUUCCUCUUACCGUUGGAAAUUCCAUUGAUAGCGAAUUUAUCGAAAAAAGUUCAAGAAGAAUUAACAAAAGUGAAAGAAACACAUGGAUGGACAAUUGAUGCGGUUGGCAAUGAUACCAAUAAAGCUAAGAAAUCUAGAGUGAAAGAAGAUAAAUUGGCCAAUCAAGUCACAAGAAAAGGAUUUAAACAAAAAGGAAAAAAUGGAGACGAUAUAAAGAAUGAUAAUGAAUCUACCUGGCCUAUUUUAGGAAAUGAAAAUAAUCAGCAAUGGACUAUACCAUCAGCGUUUUAUUUAAAUGAUUUUAUCCAAUUGAUCCGAGAUGUUCAAAAAAAUCCCAUACAGUUAGAUGAGACACAAUCUGUAAUAUCAAACGUAGAAGGUUUAAAGACUGGUGAUAUAAAUAAAGAAAAACGUCAUAGGCGUGGGGGUAAGAAUAAUCAAAAGAAGGAAAGUGAAAAAACAACACCGCCUUUCAUAUCCAUAACGCCCAUGGCAAAAGACAUUUCCAAAAGCGAGCACGCAUUGUUGAAAGGAUACCUGGGCGUUGAGUAUGAGUGUCCUCUUGGUCAUAGAUUUAUGAGUUGCGGCGUCGGACAAGUCUGCAAGCUUGGACAUGCGGGACAUAUUAAGGAAACUGCGCAUAACAUAUUAGAACAGGAUCUGCCCAUAUAUAUUCUUUGUCCUUGUAGUAGCUCGACGAACGCUUUAACCAUAGCUCAAUUACAACGAAUAAUUAUUGUGACACCUGAUUCAUCAGUAAUGAUGGUGUUGAACCCAGUUAUUAAGAGGGAUCUCGUUACCGAGAAACAGUAUGGUUGUACUGCGUUUGCCGUAUCCUUUACCAAAAAU